UUUGUUCUUCAUCUACUUCCUUCCAUCUAUUUCAAUUUUACUUUUUUUUUCAAAUAAAAAUCAUUUCUUGCUUCAUUUCAGUAUCACAUUUGACCAACCCCCUUUGCUUUCUUCCCCCUUUCUGCAUUUUCAUGGCAUUCACCUAUUCCCUUCGAUCCUCCACCUUCUUCAAUCCAAAAACUGCUUUUUUGGAGGGUAGUUUAAAUCUCAAGUUUAAUUCACAUUUUGCAUCAAAGAUUAGUGUGAAGAAUGGUUCUUCACAACCAUUUUUGUCGAAAUGGAUUCCCCCCGGCGCAGUAUCUCCGGUGGCAUCCCCGUGUGGCUCUAGUUUCGAGGAUGAUUUAUCCGUGCUCGAGUCUCAGUGUAGACAAGUGGAGUUCAACCGCGUUGAGUAUCUUGUUCGGGUGUUGCAUGAAUCUGCUAGAAGCUUUUCCCUUGCAAUGCAGAGUCUUGAAGUGGCUGGAACCGGUCCACCGCUUGCAAUGGCGUGGAAUGGAGUGGAUGUGCACGCCUGGCAUAAACAUGUUGCUUAUCAGGCUGCAGCUUAUGCAUUGCUGAAAGCAGCUAUGGAAGUCGAACUGUUUCUCUCUCACAAUCGCUCCAACAAUUCCCCGGUGAAUGAGAUACUGUCUCUGAGUAUAGACUUACUUCAAGGGCGUAUAGAGAGUCAGUUAGACGCGAGGGAUCCAAAAUUGGUAAAAUGGUUCCGAGUGGUGGAACUGCCGCGCAUUGCUGGAUGCUUUAUGCCUUUGUUCAAGAAAUGGUCAGCAGAAUACGCGGGAAGUGGUAUUGCAGGAACGAUCAUGGCCAUCACGUGCUGUGCCACUGUUGGAAAGUUGGGUUCUGGCCGGAUUUCGUGCUCCUCGUUGUCAAACUCAAUCAACCAAACGCUGAUAGAGCUUAUGACCAUGGCAAGCGAUCUCGUGUCUCUUGAGAAACUGCACAGCUUGGCAACUGAGGCUGGAUUCGAGGAGGAUUUCCUGUCUCAUUUCGGAAGCAGAGUCCUCCCGAGUAAGAAUAGUGAAGACAUAGAAUUUUGGAUUGGAUUGGUUCAUAGAAAACUUUCUGCAGCACUCGAAAGAGAGAGUGUUAUCGAGGGCAGACACGGUCUUUCUAACAAGGUUGAAGAGAAAACUUUGGCUACUCUAGCACUAUUUUCGUAUCUAGGAAGAGAAUCUCGGUUGUUCUUGUCGAGGCACAACAUCGAGGAUACCGAUGAACAAGUUAAAGAUUUUAUAAGUUACUUAGAGUGCGGUGUCCUCGCUAUAUAUCCAGAAUUCUCGACACUGUCGGUCUAUCAGCUAUUGAUGGAGGUGAUCAUCGAUGAGAUUAGGUGGCUUGACUUAUUUGCUGCCUACGACUCCCAGUUUUUCCAAGAAGGGAGGAGAUCGAAGAGCCACCCGAUUCAGGCAGAAAAGGAAAUGAUCUUAUACACAGUUUUCACCAUAUGCUACGAUGUAAUCUCGGGGUUUGCUCACUACACCAGUUCAACGCAGCAAAACUUGGAUUCUCGUCUGUUGGAAUUCUUGCUUCAGAGUCAAGGCCUGCUAACAGCAUGUCUGGAGGACUACUGGGCUGCUUACGACGGAACUAGCGACCUGUUAAAGAUAGGCGAAAGAAAUGGAUCCGACUCUGCACCGUCUCUCCUUUUCAAGAGCACGAAGAAUCCAUCACUGAUAAUGGAUGCAUUGCAGACAGACAGAGAAAGGCACAAACAAGCAUCGCCACCGAAACAAGUUCCCGGUGAUCAAACUGAAACGUCGGUCGAUUGUGGUAUGACGAAGCCUAAUAAACAGAAUUUUCUCAGGAAGUCCGUGAUGAAGCUCGUGACUGCAAGCGUUGAUGUAUGGAUGGGCACUCAGCUGCUCUUCGUAGAUGUGUCAGAGGCUCUGAGAUUUGCAGUGAAGAAACUAUGCGGGCGUAAGGCCACUAAAAGAGAGAGGCGGAAGAUGAAUCAGACUCUUUCCGAUCUUGCCACUCUUAUCCCAGUAACAAUACUAAUGCUACUUCCCGUUUCUGCAGUGGGGCACGCGGCCAUGUUUGCUGCGAUCAAGAGAUACGUUCCUUGCUUGAUUCCGUCUCCUUACUCGGAUGAGCGGCUUGACUUGGUGAAGCAACUGAAGCGGACGAAGAGGAAAGUCCAGCGCGUUAAAGUUGACGAGACGAGCACUAAAGCGUGACGGAGACACACAGCACCACAUGGUAUAUCUUGUUUGCUUUUGUGAAAUGAAAAGCUAUCAUUUGUUGUAUAUAUAUACACAUAGGGCCAAUGUGAAAGUAUUUUGAGGCACAUUGAGGCUUUGUUUCUCCAAAAAAGUGUAUAGGGCUACUUGUAACCUCUCUCUUCCAUUCUACCAACUUGAAUACACAUUCUUCGGGUUCUGCUCUCUCCGAGCGUGCAAGCCGUUGCAGCA